ACAAUAUAUUGUUUUGAGUCAAUAUGACGCGUUCCCGUUUACUUUUGGGUUGACCAGUCAGUCAACUGGGCGAACUUAAUUGAUGCCUAGCCAGCAUUAACCUAUUACAUACACCCUCUCUCCUCUCUUUGAUGAUCAAAGGAUGGGUCUUUACCUCUUCUUCCUCCAUCUAACUAUUUUGCUGGCUGUCCGCGAGUUUGCUGCUCUGUGCUACCCAUUACUACUAGCAGAUGACAUCUUCGCCCUCAACUGCGGCUCCUCUGGCAACUCAACUGCUCUAGAUGGCCGGCAAUGGACCGGCGACGUUGCUUCCAGAUACAUCAUUUUGCAAGGAUCCAGAGGCAGACGCGAAUUGGUAAGCUCCACUCCCAUUGGAAAGCACCUAAUUCCUCCUCCUCAUCCUGUCCCCUACAUGACCGCUCAGAUUUCUCGGUCCACAUUCACCUACACUUUCCAUGUCACUCCGGGCCAAAAAUUCAUCCGCCUACAUUUCUACCCAACUGAAUACCCUGGCUUCGAGAGGUCCAAGGCAUUUUUUACUGUAAAAGCUGGUCCCUAUACCCUCCUUCGCAACUUCAGUGCUGCCCUUACCGCUGAUGUUUUGGCCUUACCAUCAUUUGCUAAAGAAUUUUGCGUGCAUGUGGACGAUAGUCAACCAUUAAUCCUAACAUUUUCUCCAUCUUCAGAGGAAACAUAUGCUUUUAUCAAUGGGAUUGAGAUUGUCUCGAUCCCAACUGGAUUAUAUCAUUCCCGUGAGGGUGAUGAUCCAGGUGUACACGUUGUUGGAAAGAAAUUUAGAUACCCGAACCCGAUCUUCUUGGAUACAAGCUUUGCACUUGAGACAGUGCAUCGGUUAAAUGUUGGCGGAAGCUCCAUUUUACCCAUAGAGGAUAUUGGCAUGUUCCGGGAGUGGUUUGAGGACUCCAAUUAUUUCUUAGAAUCAAGGGCCAUGCCGGUUACUACCACAAUUCGGAUCAACUACGCAGUUAUACCCACAUACUCUGCCCCUACGAGAGUUUACCAAACAUCCCGGUCAAUGACUCGGGACGUGCAAGCGAAGGAGUGUAUCAGUUUUACGUGGAAGCUACCUGUAGAUCAAGGUUUCAGGUACCUGCUUAGGUUCCAUUUCUGUGAGCUUGAGUACGAGAUUAAAGAAGUUGGGCAAAUGGAGUUCAGCAUAUUCAUUGAUAAUCAGAUUGCUGAGGCUAAUGCUGACCUUAUCAAAUGGGCUGGUGGAAAUGGCAUUGCAGUGUACAGAGACUACAUGGUGAUGAUGGAAGGAGAUCGGGCAGAGGGCAAGCGCGAUAUGACAAUAACUCUAAGCCCUCACAAGAGCCACGAUGACAAGGGGAACAUGGAACACAGUAGUGAUGCAAUUCUAAAGGGGCUAGAGGUGUUCAAGUUGAGCAACCCUGACAACAACCUUGCCGGGGUGAACAUGGUUCCCAUUGCACAUGCUUUGACAUCUCAUAAUUCAAAGCCUCAGAAGGUAGUGCUUGGUUAUGGCAUUUAUACCAUUGCAAAUAGUCUAAUAAGUUUACUCAUCAUAUUGAAUGUUGUUGUUUAUCCAUUGGCCUAUUUGGGUAAAAAAUCUGGACAAGAAGACACCCUAUCGUCAUUACCUUCGGAAGGGCCAUAUCGCCCCUUCUCACUUGCUGAGCUCCAAUCAGCAACCAGAAAUUUUGAUGACGGAUUGGUCAUUGGAAGUGGUGGAUUUGGUAACGUUUAUAAAGGACUCAUUAAUGGAGGAACAACCACAGUUGCCAUUAAGCGGAUGAAACCAAAGUCUAAGCAAGGCCCAAAUGAGUUUUGGAUGGAGAUUGAGACGAUCUCUAAAUUUCGACACAAGCAUCUUGUUAGUCUUCUGGGCUACUGUGAUGAAUGCGAUGAGAAGAUCCUGGUGUAUGAGCAUAUGGAGCAGGGUACAGUUGCUAAUCAUCUCUACAAAAAGAAUACUAAAGAUAAUGGUAAUGUUUGUCAUAUGCCGUGGGAGCAAAGGCUCAAGAUUUGCAUUGGUGCUGCCCGUGGGUUGGAUUACCUCCACACUGGUAUUCAGGGUGGUGUCAUACAUAGAGACGUGAAGACCGCUAACAUUUUGUUGAACAAGGACAUGGUGGCUAAGGUUUCAGAUUUUGGAUUAUGUAAAAUGGGCACCACAAGCCAUUCUGUUUCCCAUGUUAGCACAGUUGUUAAAGGCACAUUUGGUUAUUUUGAUCCACAUUAUUUCUCGACCCGCAAUCUAACCAAGAAAUCAGAUGUGUAUGCCUUUGGCGUGGUGCUCUUAGAAGUGCUUUGUGGGAGGCCAGCAGUGGAUUUAAGUCUCGAGGAGGAGCAGCACAGUCUAUCCUUUUGGGCUCAAGGCUGCAUCAAAGAUGGAAAACUGGAUGCAAUUAUUGACCCCAUUUUGAGGGAUCAGCUACCAAUACUAUCAAAAAGUCUCGAUGUGUUUGCAGAAGUUGCUAGGAAAUGCCUGCACAUGCGUCCAAAUGGACGCCCUACAAUGGCUGAUGUGGUGGUGAGCCUUGAGCGUGCAUUGGCAUACUUACAAGAUGAUCAGUGCAAGGAUUUGUCAAUGACGCGGGAUAACGAGGACGUUGUCAAUGUUGAUGCUGCCGAUGAGGAUAAAGAGAAUGUUCUCAAUCUUGGUGGGGCUGAGGAAAAGAAAAAUGAUGAGAUUAUUCAACUGGACGAUGAUGCCCUUUCAGCUGAAGUCCCCAGCCCAUCCACUGCAGCGCAGUAUACUGAGAAGAUACCCCUAAGCAAGAAGAGGGCACAGGGAAAGUUCACCAAGGUGUUCCACAAGAUCAGUACUGCACUUUUACCCAGAACUGUGGAUUUUGGGUGGACUGAUAAAACAACCAUCCGCAAUAUAAGGACCUUCAGUUUUUCAGAGUUGAGGAAGGCUACCAGAAAUUUCAGAAGGGAUCUAUUGUUAGGACCCGGGGGUUUCGGCAGAGUCUACAAGGGUUGGCUUGCUGAGAAGACGUCAUUACAGAACGGUAGUAGUUUAGUCAUUGCCGUGAAGGAGUGGGAUUCUAACAGCCAUCAAUGUUUUAAAGAAUGGCAGUGUGAGAUAAACUUCCUAAGUUUUCUGUCCCAUCCCAACGUUGUUAAGUUAUUGGGAUACUGUUGUGAGAGUAAAAGGCUACUUGUUGUAUACGAGUUCAUGCGGAAUGGAAGUUUGGACAAACAUCUUUUUGGAAGGAGGCCUGGUUGUCAGCUACUUUCGUGGGAGACAAGGCUUAAGAUCUUAAGAGGAGCAAUACGAGGGCUGGCAUUUUUGCACUCAUUAGAACCGCAAAUAAUACAUGGAGAUUUCAAGUGCUCACAUAUAUUGCUUGACACUUCCUACAAUGCCAGGAUCACAGAUUUUGGCUUGGCAAGACUUGGUCCUGCAACUACUGAAGUAACACAUCUUAUGGGCACAUUUGGCUACAUUGCUCCAGAGUAUGCUUUGACAGGGCAACUGUAUGCGGCCAGCGACGUGUAUGCUGUUGGUGUUGUAAUGGCUGAGAUGCUAACAGGCUUGCCAGCAUUUGAUGUUUGCCGUGGGCAGAUUCUAACUGACUGGAUCCAACCAUAUUUCGUUGGUAGAAGAAAGUUGGAGAGCAUUAUGGACGGCCAGUUGGAAGGGAAAUAUCCUGCCAAAGUUGCAUGGCAAAUCGCUCAGCUUAGUCUAAAAUGUCUUCAACCUGAACCCAAAAGAAGGCCAUCAAUGCAACAAGUAGUGGAGAUACUGGAGAGCGCUGAAGAUCCAAAAGAGCCAAGAUGAGGCCAUAUUCUACUAGGUGCAUGGACACUGGAGGGCAUUGCUUUGUUGAUUAUGGAAUUUGAUGGGUUAUAUAUGAUGAGGGUUUUUAACAAAUAAGCUCAUGCAUCACAUUGUGAAACUAUUGUAGAGAGUGCAAUAGCAUAAUUAAGAUUUGACGCAAAAAAAUGUUGGUAAAUAAUUGGAUUUAUGCUUGCAAAGUCAACAAUGGAAGUGAUGUUGCAUCUCAAAGAGACCUAUGGAGUUGUAUGGAGACAUCUCCAUGUGAUCUGUAUUAAAAUAGAGAGAGCAUAUAAAAGGGAGGUUUGAAAUUAUGGCCCCCCGAAUAUACUUCAAUCAAAAUUUUGCUUCAUGCUCAAAAUAUUAGAAACUUCAUAUUGGUAUGUUUAAGGAAGAGCUUCUCAGA